AUGUUUUUGGCGUCCAAACUUCGGCUGCUUAUUCUUGGAGAGCCCUUGCUGAGACCAUCCCAACUGUCGCCAUUUCGACUGUUCGUUCAGGAAACCAGAACAAACCUAAAGUUUGACAUAUAUCUCUUUCUUCUAUUGCUGGUGGCAUGCUUCGGGAUUCUCUUAAUGUUUUUCAGGAGUCCAAGAGACAGAAGUAAUGGCCUCUUAUACAUCGUUGGGUUUCUCCUUAUAUUCUGCUCGUACAAUCUCCAGAAGGUUAUUGAGGCCAAUAGAACGCUCAAUAAGUUGGUGGUCCAGCCCAAUGCCUCAAAGAACACACAGUCUUGGACUUCGUGGAUAAAUCCAUGGAAGGCAAGAUUCAUGGAUUCUUUUGGGAUCAGCCACAAGUCUUAUCUCCUUUCCAAUACAAACUUUUCAGGUAUUGAGGGGAAAAACGGAACUGUAGCCCAUUUGUCUUCGUACAAAAUAUUUUCGGGGGAAGAAAGAGGAGGAGGAUCCACAAGGGCAAAUCCUAGCACUAAAGGCCAGAGCUUUGAAGAAAGAAACUCUCCUGUAGCAACAAAAAAUGAGGCACAGGACACACGUAUGGAAGAAAGUACACUUGAAGAUGGGAGCUAUGAGGUGUCUGAUCCCUCCAAUGGCACUCCUGAAGAGCAUUACUUGUUCAAGGAUUCCAAGCUUCCAACAAUCAGUAGAAGAGUCGAUAAUGCAGGGAAAAAAGAAGCACUUCUUGAAAACCUUAUGAAGAUAUUUCAAUUCAAGACGGGGACGGACGAAAACCUUGAGAAACAUCUUCUGAAUCUCAGGAGCAUUGAAGCACAGGUCAACAGGAUUCUGGAAGAGUUUUUCAAGAUAUUCAAGGCAUUCAUGAAAGAAGCAGAAAAGAUUGAGAGCGAGAUGGUCGAAUUCAAUGCAUCCACAAGAUAUUUAAACAUAUCUGCAAACGAGCUGAAGGCGGAAAUCAAGAAGUGCUUUUUUGAUCUUCCAAAGUUUAGGGCUAACCGCGAUGUCCCAAACUAUCUUUCAACACUAGCCAGAAACUACCAAGACGGCGAAGACAUUGAGAGUGGAGACAUGCGCCCCAUAAUUAGAUAUGAAAACUUCAUGAUGUUCCUCCUUGUAGUUGAGAUGAUACUUUCUCUGCUUCUAUUUCUUGCUGCACUGGCAAAGCUAGAGACGGUCACCUAUAUCUUAAAACCCGUUGUAUCUGUAGGGCUUAUUGUGGUAACCUUGCUAAGCGUUAUAUUCAUUCUCAAUGGUCAGAUGCUUGAUAGAACCUGCAAAUCUGGUGCCAUCAAAGGAUGCAGCUUCACACCAACACUUACGGAUGGGGUAAAAAGGCUCGAGGUUGUGUCCAAGGCUGACAAUCUCGAAGGCCAACUUGACCUUAUUAUAAAGGAAAGCGAGCGCAUUGCAGAAGUUUUGAGAUUGUAUGUAAAGUCCAUGAUCGACACAAAGGUCAGCGCAAAGAUAUCUGUAUUCUCGAACCUAUUCAACAAGAUACUAUUUGUGUACGAUGACUUUGAGCACCUAACGAAGAGAAAGGUCGACAAAAGCACUUUCUAUAGCUAUAUAAAGAUGAUGAGCAGGCUUCUGGAAAAUAUUGGAAGUCUUCUGGAGUUUUCUGAAAGAAAAGACAUGGUAGAUAUCUAUGUUCAGCGAAAAGGCCUUUUUGUUCUGGCUGAAUGCCGAAAAGAGGUCUGUGGUUGA